UUAGCACACGUGAUCAGUCUAGGCUGCCUGUGUGUAGUUAUAUGUUUAACGAAAAUUGCAAUUCUGUUCACCAGGGGGUGGUUUGUGUUUACUGUACACAUAGUAUCAUUAUUGUUCAUUUACAUCAUCAUAUAUUUUCUUAUGUCGAUUUAUUUCUGUUUAACCAAAGAGGAGCAGAUACGACGUGACGAUUACUGCCUGUCAUAUACAAUUCCAAAUGGACAAUUUAUCUCCACAAGAUGUCAGAAUGAUAAGAGAAAAUGGAAAUAUUCUAAGGAAAACCUGAUCAUAUUUGACGACACUGGUCUCUGUAUGGCUGAAUUAAACAAGAAAGCGAUUGUCAUGGUAACAUGUAACAGCUCGGACACCAGCCAACAGUGGAAAUGGCCACGCGAAAGCAUUGCUGUAUCGUGA